GGAUAGGUGUGAGAGGCCAGUUCUGACUGAUUUGAAGAUAAAACAGGUAAAAUAUUUUGGCUGGAUAAGGCCGGUUUGAAUGCUAACGAAUUAGUGGUUCUUUAUAUUUGAUUUUAUAAUUUCAUGAGUAAAAUCAAGAAUGUCUUCAGUUUUUCCCGAAUUGGAUUUUGAAUGGUAAAACUUUAUUGUGAAGAGGAAACUAUGGAGGAGAAACAUAAUGAAACCCAGUCUGAAAGUAGUGAUUUAUCUGAUCAAUCUCAAAGAAAUAAAAGAAACAAACCAUAUGCCUGUGAAACAUGUGGAACGACAUUUUCAAAAAACAGUUGUUUAAUCCAACAUAAAUUGAUUCACAAAAGUUCAGUAAUUUACCAUUGUGAAGUUUGUGGCAAAAGGUUUGCAAGAAAAAAUUCUAUGAACUGUCACAAGCGAAUACAUUCAGGAGAGAAACCACAUGGAUGUGAUAUCUGUGGAAAGACAUUCUCUCAAAGUUCUCAUUUAUCUAGUCACAAACGUAUUCAUACAGGAGAGAAGCCAUAUGACUGUGAUAUUUGUGAUAAAACUUUUUCUCAGAAGACAAAUUUGCUGACUCACAGAUUUAUUCAUACAGGGGAAACUCGAUAUGACUGUGAAAUCUGUGGUAAAACUUUCAUUGGCAGUGGUUCAUUACUGAAGCACAAACGUGUUCACACAGGUGAAAAACCAUAUCCCUGCGAUAUUUGUGGAAAAGCAUUUUCUCGGAAUGAUGUUUUAGCAGGUCACCAACGUAUUCAUACAGGUGAAAAACCAUACCACUGUGAUAUCUGUGGUAAAACGUUUUCUUUGAAACCUACUUUGACUGCUCACAAGAGGACACAUACAGGUGACAAGCCAUACCACUGCGAUUCAUGUGGUAAAGGAUUCUCAAUGAGUAGUUCUCUGUCAGCUCACAUGCUUAUUCACACAGGUGAAAAGCCAUUCCACUGUGAUAUUUGUGGUAAAAACUUUGCUGUAAGUAGUGUAUUAAUUAGCCAUAAAAGUACCCACAAUGGGAAUAAACCAUAUCACUGUGAUAUUUGUGGUAAAACAUUCUCUUGGAGAUCGAGUGUAACUUACCAUAAACGUAUUCACACUGGUGACAAACCUUACACUUGUGAAGUCUGUGGUAAAUCAUUCUCAACAAGUACCCACUUAACUGCACACAAACGUAUUCACACAGGUGAGAAACCAUAUCUCUGUGGUAUCUGUGGUAAAAGAUUCUGUGCAAGUGGUCAGUUGUAUAAACACAAAUAUGCUCACACUAAAGAUAAAUUAUUCUACUGUGAUGUCUGAUAAUACAUUGAAUCAACGUGCUCAUUUGUUCAUUCACAAAUGCCUUCACACUUCUAAGGAACUAGAUAACUGCGAAUUAUGUGGUAAACCCUUCUAUCAGAUGAGAAACCAAAUGACUAUGGUGCCAACAAUAAAUCAUUCUCACAUACUACUUUAACUACUCAAAUCAUAUACAAUAGCUCAAGGUAAUUAAAUUGUGAUACGUUUCCUUUUGAGACACAGAUUUAAUUAAAAUUUAUUGUGAAACAUCUUUGUUCAAUGAGUUUACAUAGUGUGUGUAUUGGAAAAUGUCUAUAGAAUUAUUUUUUUCCAUUUCUCAUAUCCAAGAGGAAAGCAGUAAAAUGCAUAACUUUACUGUUUACCCUGCUUAUAUGAAAAAUUAUUUAUGAUUAAGAAAUUUCACUAGAGAAACAUUUUUACAAAUUUCAUAAAUAUAAGAUCACUCUUAUCUUUUAGCUUUCUCUUAUUUCUCAGGUAAACAGACAUAAACAUUCCCUUGAACAGUAUGCUUGAUGUAAUUUUAUUGUAAAUAAUAAAAGAAUCUUUAAA